CUGCAGGUGGCCAGGACACUGAUGAUCACCUCCAUACCCAGAGAAAUCUCUGACCCAGGACUCAUCACCAAACAUUUACAUGAGGCCUACCCCAGCUGUACCGUCACUGACAUCCGCUUCUGUUUCGAUGUUCACAAGCUGAUGAGCUUGGACCUGGAGAGACGUAAAGCGAUGAAAGGCCGGCUCUACUUCGCCACCAAGGCUCAAAAAGAAGGAAAGAUCAUGAUCAAGACUCAUCCAUGUGCUCAGAUCUUCUGCUGUGACUUCUGUGGAUUUACAAAGGUGGACGCGGAGCAGUACUACAGUGAAUUAGAGGAGAAGCGCACUGAUGAGUUUAAUGCAGAGAAGAAUCACAUCUCCAUGAAAAGGCUGGGCAUCGCCUUUGUGACUUUUCGUGACGAGAGGAUGACUGCAGUGAUUGUGAAGGACUACGGUCGCGUGCACUGUCGACGCAGACCACAGCAGUCCAGCAUCACUACAGUGGUGCAGCCGCACAAGUGGGGGGUCAGUUAUGCACCUGCUCCCAGUGACAUCAUCUGGUCAGUACACCUUAUAAUGGAAAUCAGUUAUGACAGUGCUUUUUCUUUCUCUAAUAUUCCCAAAUAA